GUUCCGGCUCCUCCGCGCCGCAGCGGCGCUUCCGGCCGGCGUCGGGGCGGCGCUUCCGCCGGGGCGGGGGGAGGCAGAGGAGGCCGCGGCCGCCCCUCAGCCCCCGCAGCGCGCGGGCCGCAGCCGAUCUGAUCUCUCUGAGCUGAUGACUCCUGCCUGGCCACAGCUCUUGGCCCUCCAGCAACAACAUUUUCAGCUGUAGGAGAGGAAAGGGAAAAAGAUGGGCCAUUGGGAGAGUUUCCCUGCAAAGAAUAACCCUGACCCAGCCCUGCCUCUGCACUGCUCUGGGAGGAAUUCUGCCACAGAAGGGUUCUGGCACCGGUGAUGAGCGAUGGGGUAUGAUGUAGCUCGUUUUCAGGGGGAUGUUGAUGAAGAUCUUAUCUGCCCCAUCUGCAGCGGGGUCCUGGAGGAGCCAGUUCAGGCCCCUCACUGCGAGCACGCCUUCUGCAACGCCUGCAUCACUCAGUGGUUCUCGCAGCAGCAGACGUGUCCCGUGGACCGCAGCGUGGUGACGGUGGCUCACCUGCGGCCGGUGCCGCGCAUCAUGCGCAACAUGCUGUCCAAGCUGCAGAUCAGCUGCGACAACGCCGUGUUCGGCUGCACCGCCGUGGUCAGGCUGGACACGCUCACGGCUCACCUCAACGACUGCGAGCACAACCCCAAGCGCCCCGUCACCUGCGAGCAGGGAUGUGGCUUGGAGAUGCCCAAAGAUGAGCUGCCAAACCACAACUGCAUCAAGCAUCUGAGAUCCGUGGUGCAACAGCAGCAGACGAGAAUCGCCGAGCUGGAGAAGACCUCGGCAGAGCACAAGCAUCAGCUGGCAGAGCAGAAGCGGGACAUCCAGCUGCUCAAGGCCUACAUGCGCGCCAUCCGCAGCGUCAACCCCAACCUGCAGAACCUGGAGGAGACCAUCGAGUACAACGAGAUCCUGGAGUGGGUGAACUCGCUGCAGCCGGCGCGGGUGACACGCUGGGGCGGGAUGAUCUCCACCCCUGACGCCGUGCUCCAGGCCGUGAUCAAACGGUCGCUGGUGGAAAGCGGCUGCCCCACGUCCAUCAUCAACGAGCUGAUCGAAAACGCCCACGAGCGGAACUGGCCGCAGGGCCUGGCCACGCUGGAGACGCGCCAGAUGAACCGGCGCUACUACGAGAACUAUGUGGCCAAAAGGAUCCCCGGGAAACAGGCUGUGGUGGUGAUGGCCUGUGAGAACCAGCACAUGGGAGAGGACAUGGUGCUGGAGCCGGGACUCGUCAUGAUAUUCGCACACGGAGUGGAGGAGAUCUGAAAGACUUGGGGCCAGCGAAACCGUGUGGCUGAGGGAUGGG